ACGGCCCGCCUAAGAUUAGCAUGACAGACCCCCCCCCCUCCAUUACUCAUGUUAAAUACUAAAACUCAGCAUUGUCACACAUCACUCUCCCAGGACGUCGCUUCCAACAGGAGACAGGACCACAACUGUGCACAGCCUUAGGAUGAAAGGAGAUGUUGCCAAAGCAGGUGUCUCCAAUGGCAAACCCAGAGCAAAAGACGUGCUGUCCUCGGUGGACGACAAGAUGGAGGAGAGAGGCCAGUGGAGCAACAAAGUGGAGUUCAUCCUGUCGGUGGCCGGCUCCAUCAUCGGCCUGGGGAAUAUGUGGCGCCCUUGCUACAAGAACGGAGGAGGUGCGUUCCUAAUUCCCUACCUGAUCUUCCUGAUCACCUGCGGAGUCCCGGUCUUCUUCCUGGAGAUAGCCCUGGGUCAGUUCACCAGCGAAGGAGGAAUCACCUGCUGGAGAAAGAUUAGCCCCUUGUUUGAAGGUCUCGGUUAUGGAACCCAGGUGAUCGUGACUCUGUUAAACUUUUACUACAUCAUUGUUCUGGCCUGGGGGAUUUUCUAUCUGUCCUUCUCCUUCUCCUGGGAAUUGCCCUGGUCGUCCUGCAACAACACCUGGAACACAGAAAAUUGCGUGGAGUUUCAGAAAAGAAACAGGUCACAUGAUGGAACAUUCUACCUGAAUGCCACCUCUCCUGUCCUCGAGUUCUGGGAGAGAAGAGCACUGAGAAUCUCUCCUGGUAUUGACCACAUUGGUUCCCUUAACUGGGACCUGGCCCUGUGUCUCUUCAUCGCCUGGGUCAUGUGCUACUUCUGUAUCUGGAAAGGGACAAAAUCCACAGGAAAGGUGGUCUACUUCACUGCUACCUUCCCCUAUUUGAUGCUGAUUGUGCUGCUAAUCAGAGGUCUCACCCUGCCGGGCGCUGGGAUCGGUGUCCAGUUCUACCUGUACCCUGACCUGGGACGUUUGUCAGACCCGCAGGUGUGGAUGGAUGCUGGGACCCAGAUUUUCUUCUCUUACGCCAUUUGUUUAGGUUCACUGACAGCCCUGGGCAGCUAUAACAAAUAUAACAACAACUGCUACAGAGACGCCCUCUCACUGUGCUGUUUAAACAGUGGCACCAGUUUCGUGGCGGGCUUUGCCAUCUUCUCCAUCCUGGGUUUUAUGUCCUACGAACAGAAUGUUCCCAUCUCAGAAGUGGCCGAGUCAGGUCCCGGUCUGGCCUUCAUAGCCUACCCCCGCGCUGUGACCAUGAUGCCCUUCUCUCCUCUUUGGGCUGCUCUCUUCUUCAUCAUGAUUGUUUUUCUGGGACUGGACAGUCAGUUUGUGUGCGUCGAGAGCCUGGUGACAGCGGUUGUUGACAUGUACCCUGAAGUGUUCCGACGCAAAAAUCGCCGGGAGCUCUUUCUGUUAGCUGUUAGUCUCGUCUCCUUCCUCGUGGGCCUCAUCAUGUUGACGGAGGGAGGCAUGUACGUCUUCCAGCUUUUUGAUUACUACGCUGCAAGCGGCAUGUGUCUUCUCUUCAUGUCCAUUUUUGAGACAGUCUGCAUCGCCUGGGUCUAUGGUGUGGAUCGCUUUUAUGACAACAUUGAGGACAUGAUUGGCUACCGCCCAGGACCUUACAUCAAAUACUGUUGGUUGUUCCUCAGCCCUGCCACGUGCAUUGGUACAUUUGCCUUUUCCCUCAUCAAAUAUACUCCUCUUAAAUACAAUAACGAGUACGUGUACCCAUGGUGGGGCUAUGUCAUUGGCUGGCUGCUCGCUCUCUCCUCCAUGGUCUGCAUCCCACUCUGGAUGGUGUACAAGAUCAGCAUCACAGAGGGAACACUCCGAGAGCGUAUUCAGCUGCUCACCACUCCGUCUGAUGAUUUGCCCAAAACUAAAAGGGAGCAGGAGAGGUUACUGGCAAUCUUUGCUCCUGAGACGGAUGCCACUGUGUCCAAAACUGGCUACACUCCUGUCUCGGAGAAAGACUCCACCGUUUGAAAGUGGUGAUGAUACUGUAUUUGUAUUUAUGUAGGAGAGGAGUGCGGGUUUUGUUCCAAUUUUAACUACUCCAUCACAGAGGUCACUGCAGGGAGAGAUGCAACAAUCUGUCACAUCAUCUACUGUAUCUGGAGAAGGACUCAGGAGAGAACAGUCAGUUGUGCAAAGGCAGAUGCUGUACGGUGUUUUCAGGGAUAUUUACUCGACUCAAAUUGGGAUUGAAAUACAAUAUACAUUUAAUUCUUUGAGGAAAAAAAGGAAAACAAAAAACGGCAUUUAACUCAAUGAGUAAAUAUGAAAAACCUAGGUCACGCUGUUCGUACAUGCGUCCCAGUGCAUUCUGUACAUAAUAUGAUGAUUUUAAAUUUUUUCUACUUUGGUUUGCAACAGUAAUCAUAGCGAGAAUUGCGGUUAUUUUUGGUUACCAUUGUGAAGAGGACUACGUGUGGGUUAAUGUUCUCCCUACUGUAUUAUACAUUUUAUUAUCAUGAACAAUUGUGCCGUAUUUCCUGCUUACAUGUCAAUUGAAAUGCGAUGUAAUAUGUUUAACUUUUUUCUUCCAUAUAAAAUAAUAUUUUAAUUAUUUUAUGUGACUAGUGUCUCCCGCGGAUAACAUUAGGAAUACUGUUCAUAAAGUGUAGAACGAUUUUAAUGUAUGUUUAUAGUUCCAUUUAAUGUGUUCGUUGUGAAUCAUAUGUUUUAAAUAAAUGUCAUGAUUUAAAUGUUGUCUCAAACAUUUGGUGAAAUCUGUGUACAGGUUAUUUUAACUGUAAAUAUUCACAUAAACAGAAAAGGCUUAAAUAAUGCAACGAUUUUGGCUAUUAGCAAAAAUAAAUGUCUACAAAAAA